AAUUAAUCCUCCUAAUUAACACAGAUUUAUGGUUUUAGAGUUAGUUGUCCAACCAGAGCACUUCAUGAAAUUUCAGCAGCAAAUAUGUUUGCUUAAUUUUUCUGUCUCGUUUAUUUAAUAUUUCUAUUACUUUAAGAGUUUGCUCUUCCUACCAGUCUUUUUUAUGAUCUGAGGUUGUUUUUUUUUUAUUAUUAUUUAGCUGAACAGGAUUUAGUUUUCUGUUUGUGAGCUCAAAGGUAAAGAGUGUGUAAACCAUGAAAGAGGAAAUUGCUGCAGCUGUGUUCUUUACUACUCGGCUGGUGAAAAGAUACGGCUGUCUAGAUAAUGACCACAGGGAGCGUUUUGCUGCCGCCCUCACCUCGGUUUUGUUUGAGAAUUAUAAGAACCAUUGGCAUCCGAGUGCACCUACCAAAGGACAGGCCUACAGAUGUCUUCGUAUGAACAGUGUUCAGCUCCAGGACCCAGUGUUGCAGCAGGCCUGUGAGCAGAGCGCCGUACGGUACCAGGAUCUGGGCCUACCCCUCGAGAUCACGGUGUGGGUCGACCCCGGAGAGGUUUCUUGCAGGUACGGUGAGCAUAGCACUCCAUUCUGUGUCUCAGCGUUGGACAAUCGGCGAGACGGGGAAUUUUCCCGUCGCAUCCAUGAUGCCGUGGAGCGAGCAAGCCUCGACAUCCAGUCAGGAAGUUCUUCUGAUGAAGAAGAUGAGGUCAUGGAUAAGAGCAUGAGCAGCAACAGCAGCCUCCGCAGUCUAUCAGGUCCCUGCCCUACCACCAGCCUCGAGGCCAAAACCAUCCCAACUGUCAGCAACCCCAACAGUGUUUACCGGUUCAGCGAGUUCUCUCCAGGAGCUCCUCAGACCUGGGUGAGGGAGAAGAGGAAAGGUUUUCCUGGAAAUUCUUUCUCUUCCUCUACUGGCUGUCCACCAUCUCAGUUCUCCAACCAGAAAGGCUUUAAAGCCUACCGGGCCGCAUUUACUUUCACAGGGCCCCGUGUUGACAAGUACCACUGGGUCUGCAAAUCUCGGUCUUGAAGUAGGCUGUGCCUUUCCAGUUGGUACUCAAAGUGGAUUCCUUUAAGCUGAAUGGAAGACUAGACUUUCUUUCAGAACAUUUGUUAAAACUUGAAAUGAGUUUAUUUGAAUUGGUUUAAAGUGGUAGUUUAAAAUAUUGCUGUUUAAGCAGGUUUUUAUAAAAAUUAUUGUACUAUUUUAAUCCAAAUUUUCUUUGUCUUUUAACUGAAAUUAAAUCAAGUGUAAAUAAAGUGAGAAUGAAAUGUCGUUGAAAAGAAAUAAAUUUAUUCGUGCUACCUUUUUAA